AUACCCGGCAUUUACGUUGGCUGUAUGUGGGGAGUUCUAUGGUCCCUACCCCUGCCAAAUUAAGAAAAUCAGCCUUCAUUUUGAUCCGGAGGCGUCACCAGUUUGACUUUUGAUUGUCAAGGGUUUUGUGAGGCAUCAUGUUUCGCUUAAUGCAGUCUGCCUGUCGAGUAGACAGGGUGGCCCUUAAGAAGACCUACACAGUUUCCAAGUUACGCUUCCGAGGGCUCAAAACAUCCUUCAUAAGGAGGGCAGAGGCAGAGGCUCCACCAGGUGCAAUUCCUUAUGGCGAACUUAAGAUCGGUAUCCCAAAGGAAACUUUCCUCAAUGAACGCAGGGUAGCGGCCGCCCCCAUCGCAGUCAAGAAUCUCGUCAAAGAAGGCUACAGUGUUGUCGUAGAAGACGGUGCAGGGUCCAAAGCUAACUUCAGAAAUACAGAUUACGAAGAAGCUGGGGCAAAAAUAGUAAGCAGAGAUGAUGCUUUCAAGUCAGAUCUCGUUUUGAAAGUCCGCGCUCCUAGUAUGGAAGAGGUUGGUCUCCUCAAAGAUCGCACAAAUCUCAUCAGUUUCAUGUACCCAGCGCAAAAUAAGGAGCUUCUGGACAAAUUAGCGGAGAAGAAGGCUACAGUGUAUGCCAUGGAUUGUGUUCCUAGGAUAAGCAGAGCCCAGGUGUUUGAUGCCCUAAGUUCAAUGGCAAACAUUGCAGGCUACAAAGCUGUUUUAGAAGCAGCUAAUAACUUUGGCAGGUUCUUCACAGGUCAGAUUACAGCUGCUGGAAAAAUUCCUCCAGCAAAAGCUCUUGUCAUUGGAGGAGGUGUAGCUGGACUAUCGGCAAUGGGCACAGCAAAGAAUAUGGGAGCUAUUGUAAGAGGGUUUGAUACAAGAGCAGCUGUCAAAGAGCAGGUACAGUCACUCGGAGCUGAGUUCUUGGAACUGAAGUAUGAGGAAUCCGGAGAAGGAGCUGGUGGGUAUGCUAAGGAAAUGUCUCCAGAGUUCAUCAAGGCAGAAAUGGAACUGUUUGCUAAACAAUGUAAAGAAGUUGACAUCGUUGUUACUACUGCCUUGAUUCCAGGUAAACCUGCACCAAAGCUUAUCUCUAAAGAGAUGAUUGAGUCAAUGAAGGAGGGAUCGGUUGUAGUGGACUUGGCUGCUGAAGCAGGAGGUAAUAUUGAAACCACAAAGCCAAAUGAACUGUAUGUUCAUAACGGUGUUACCCACAUUGGUUACACGGAUCUACCCAGUCGCCUUCCAACCCAGUCUAGCACAUUGUAUGGUAACAAUAUCUCAAAGUUUCUGCUCUCACUUGGACCCAAAGGCUUCUACCACAUUGACCUUGAAGAUGAAGUUACCCGAGGCUCUAUAAUUUUGAAAGAAGGUCAGCUACUUUGGCCUCCCCCACCACCCAAAGAAGUAGCUGCUCCUCCACCACCCCCACCUAAGCCAGCAGCGGUUGAGGCCCCGCCCCCAAAUCCCUUCGCAGAAACCCUUAAAAGUUCCCUGAUGUACACAGUAGGAUUGUCAUCUUUGUAUGGCUUUGGAGUUCUGUCUCCAAAUGCCGCAUUCAACACCAUGCUCACCACCUUCUCUCUAGCUGGAAUUGUUGGUUACCACACUGUCUGGGGAGUAACACCUGCACUCCAUUCACCCUUGAUGUCAGUGACAAAUGCUAUCUCUGGCAUCACAGCCGUAGGGGGACUCGUUUGCAUGAGUGGAGGUUAUUAUCCUGAUUCCACACCUGCCACCCUUGCUGCCAUUGCAGCUUUCAUCUCAUCUAUCAACAUCUUUGGAGGAUUCCUUGUCACCAAAAGGAUGUUGGAUAUGUUUCGCCGUCCAGAUGAUCCACCAGAAUAUAACUAUCUAUACCUUCUUCCCGGUGCAAUUGGCAUUGGAUCAUACUUGGGCGCUGAAAUGACAGGUUAUUCCAUGCAGGAGAUUGCUUACCUUGCAGGUUCUCUCUGCUGUGUUGGUGCGUUGAGUGGAUUGUCUUCGCAAGCAUCUUCCAGAGUUGGUAAUUCUUUAGGUAUGAUUGGUGUAUCAACAGGAAUGAUUGCCACCCUUGUUGGACUCAAGGCUUCUCCAGAGCUGUACACACAGAUGGGUGCAGCAAUUGGUGUUGGUGGCACCAUUGGUUCCAUCAUUGCAAAGCGAAUGGCAAUUACUGACUUACCACAGCUUGUUGCUGCCUUCCACAGCUUUGUUGGUCUUGCCGCCGUUCUCACCUGUUUAUCAACAUACAUGACAGAAGCUUCCCACUUUGCUGCAGAUCCAGCAACAGCAGCAAUGACCAAAGCUUUCCUCUUCCUGGGAACGUAUAUUGGUGGGGUUACUUUCACAGGUUCUCUUAUUGCAUAUGGUAAGCUUCAAGGUGUGCUUAAAUCUGAACCUCUCCUUCUCCCUGGACGAAAUGCUCUCAACCUGGGACUCAUGGCUGCAAAUGUUGGUGCCAUGGGUUACUACAUGACAAAUCCAGGGUAUGCUAUGGAUAUGAGCUGUUUGACUGCAACCAGUGUUCUCUCAUCAGUUAUGGGAGUCACUCUGACUGCAGCCAUUGGUGGCGCAGACAUGCCUGUUGUCAUUACUGUUCUGAACAGUUACAGUGGCUGGGCUCUAUGCGCAGAAGGCUUCAUGCUGAACAACAACCUCAUGACCAUUGUUGGUGCCAUGAUUGGUUCUUCAGGAGCCAUCCUAUCAUACAUCAUGUGUAAGGCUAUGAAUCGUUCUCUAACCAAUGUCAUCUUUGGUGGCUACGGAACCUUGACCACUGCUGGCGGCAAGCCAAUGGAAAUCACAGGCACCCACACUGAGGUCAAUGUAGAAAACACGGUUGACAUGAUUGAUGAAGCCCAAAAUAUCAUCAUUGUCCCAGGCUAUGGUCUUUGUGUUGCAAAGGCCCAAUACCCCAUAGCUGAAAUGGUGGAAGUGCUCAGCAAGCGUGGAAAGAAUGUACGCUUUGGUAUCCAUCCUGUUGCUGGUCGCAUGCCUGGUCAGCUGAAUGUUCUCUUGGCUGAAGCUGGUGUACCUUAUGAUGUUGUACUUGAGAUGGAUGAAAUUAAUGAUGACUUCCCGGAAAACGAUCUGGUUCUCGUUAUUGGAGCCAAUGACACAGUCAAUUCUGCUGCUGAAGAAGAUCCCAACUCCAUCAUUGCUGGUAUGCCAGUACUGAGGGUAUGGCAGUCCAAGCAAGUGGUUGUCAUGAAGAGAUCUCUUGGAGUUGGUUAUGCAGCCGUAGACAACCCAAUCUUCUUCAAGCAAAACACCGGCAUGUUGCUGGGAGAUGCCAAGAAGACAUGUGAUGCUCUACUUGCAAGAUUGAAGACGGUGGAAGAUUAUUAAUGAAUUAGACAAGAAGGAAAGUAAGUUUUCAUCAGAUAAAGCUCAGAUGAUGAAAGGAUAGUGAGGGUCAGGCUAUCAGUGAAAGAUUCAAGUACAAGAGAUUAGGGAGCAGUAAGGGACAAUUGACAAGACUUACAAACUUUAGUAAGAUCAAAUCUACAGUCUCGUUGCUGUAAUUUUACAUAUUUUAUCUUACAGGCCAAGAUCUAUGAAAAGACAUUUGUACAAUGGAGAAUGAUAUACCUUUUUUACAUGUACAUCAUGAAUAUGAAUAAUCUAGAUUGUUAUUGACUAUUGAAUUUAAGUUUAAUAACAUCCCCUCAAAAACAGAGUUAUGCUAAUUAAACAUUAGCUGCCGCCCUUUUAAUCUUGUACCAUGUGUUAUCUUCUUCUUGUUUUGGGGGUAAACAUGAUUCUCCUUUAGCUUUCUAGAAAGUAUUUAUAGCUGAAAAAUUUAAUCAUCAAAUUUCAGUGAUUUUGAUAGGUAAUGGGUUUCAGAGUAGGAUUUUGAGAACCAUUCUCAUUUUUUUUUAAAUUCCGUUCUUACAUCCAAUGUGAAAUGAUAAUCAUUGAGUACAUUGAUAGAAAAUUAACUUUUUUGCUUGCCUGCCUGCACAGUUGGGCUUUUGUGUGCUUUCCUCCUUUGAUUCAUAGUUCAGGUCACAAGGUGAUGGGAUUCAUGAAAGUACACAAAUGUUUUAAAUGUUAUUAUUGACAAAAUGUGAUAUACUAUGUUUAACUUGUUGUUUUUUCACAGGUCUGACAUUGUGAAAGUACAGUGAAAAGCGUUCAUCAUGAAAUACCAAAUUGGUUACAACAUUCUUUAGAUGAUAAUUAAACCAAUAAAAUAAAUUUAUGUGGUGUAAUUUAUGAACCAUCUUGCUCAUCCCUUCAAACCUUUUGAAUAUAUGCCUACUACUCCCGUCAUAAUUUAAUAAGCAGAAAAUAAAAAUUGAUUAAAACAAAUACAUGGCAAUAUGAAUUGGUAUUAAAUCAAUCUAAACCACUGAGUUAUAAACAUGUUCUAUAUUUUAUAAGCUUGAUGAAAUGUUAUUUAAACUUUAAAAGCACCUAAAUGUCACAAAAAAACAACAAAUAUGGUUCUUUUCAUUAUACAUCUACUUGUUUUCUUUGUAAAGUUUAUUUUUCUGCAAUAUAACGAAAUCCUAUUUUCAUUCUCAGUUUUGGAAUUUUGAUAUUCCUCUUUACUGCCAAAGCUAUAUUUUAUUGUCUCUUUUUUUUCAUGCAUAUUAUGUUAAAAGACAUGUUUAUAUCUGUUUGUAUGUUUUUGGAAUGUAAGGACAAGAAAGCUCUAUAGAUUCCCAAGUUUGAUUAUUUAUUUGAUUUGCAGUGAUCUGUAUUGAUUUUACACAUGUUUUAUUGACAUAUAUAUAUAUGCACUUGUGAAGAAACCAAGACGCAUUGAAUCAUGACACAUAAGGGUAAAUAAUUUACAAUGUAGUUAGUUAGAAAUACACUAUAAUUCUGUGUUUUUGUUACAACAGAAAAGUAUGUAUCACAUUUAAAAAAAUGAUAUGUCCAGAUAUUCAAAUGUUUAGCUUUAAAGACAAAUUGAACGGUUGAAAAUCAUUGUGAUCACCAGUUAUUUAACUGAUUAUCUUUAUUUCCUUCUUUACUCUGGUGAUUUAUGUUGAUCAUUUCCCUUUUUUUUUAUAAUCUUUUGGUUCAAGCAAACAAUGUCCUUUGACUUCCCUUUGGUCUGGGUGUUGCUGUUUGUGAAGCACGAUUUCAUAUUUGUCAGGAUGUACCCCCACAGACCUUGAAUAUACAUAUAUUUUCCAGUGAUUGAAGAUACUCUUAUUGCUACUUAUUUUGGGGUCCUAUUCCUAAGGACAAUUUUGACAAUUCCAAAGGAGAGAGUGAAGAGCUUGAAUGACGUAAAAUAAUUGUAAUAAUAAUGUCAGCUUUAAAACCCUGUGUAAGUGUCCUCUAUUGGACCAAUGUAUAUUUUCUUUGCUGGAUCAGUGACAGAAUCGCUCUGACAUAUCAUCCAGAAGUGAAAACGUGAGUUUGGGUGCAGAGUGUCAGAAUAAAGUGAUAUAUGGAGAUGAAAAUGAUAA